AUGGACGACAUCUAUCUUGUCAACACGACCUCCGUCAGUUUCAUCAAUGAUUGCUACGGCCUUGAGCUGGUCGUAGAUGUCAGUCAAGAAGCCUACAACAGGGCAGACUAUCUCAGUGUGCAGCUCUCGAACAACGGCGGCCUCAAGUCAUUCUACCGCCUGUCGUCCAGUGGCAAUAUCCCUGGCGGAGGCUCUUACCGACUAUAUCCGUGUCCUCAAAGCGGCGCCUCGUCAGCGUCGACCCUGACAUAUCGCGUGGGCUUAGACAACUACGAGCUCUUCUAUGGCACUGUGUCUAUCACCGGCUCCUGCUCCGACGCUCCAGCCUUGUCGUGCGACAACUUGGUCUACGUAGGCACCUCUGCUCCAAUCUCUGCUUUUACGCCGUCUCCAACGAGCAGCGUACCAGCGACUUCGACUCAUUCAGCUUUCUCAACUUCUUCGUCUCUUUCACCCUCUCCAGUCUUUCCCACUCUUACACCAAGCCCAUACCCGCAUGUUCGGACCAAAAGCACCAAAGUCGCACCGGCUGCUAUCGCUGGUGGCGUCAUCGGCUGCCUGGCUGGUCUGGCUUUGCUUGUAGUCAUCAUACUGCUGCUUCGUCGACGAAAUCGCCACAAGAGAGAGGCGUCAGACUUUGAUCAAACGUCCGACCUGGCUUCCUCAGUCUCAAAGCUGGAUACAACUUCGGACAGAGGCGCAAAAUGGGACGUUCGCCCAACUUUCACCCCGCAAAGAGACAUAGACUCAAAUCUUUCUUUUGAGGAAAAGAAAGGGACCCCUCCGAGCGCCGCGCUGAGCAACGCCUCGUAUCCGAACGCCACAACGUUGCUAGCUCCCGCGAGGAGACCGAAGGAACCAGGAUCACCGCCAGAGCUAGCCACUGCAGCGCGCUCCCAGCGAACAGCAGCAUCUAGUAAGCGCAUCUCACCGCCAUCUGAGCGUCCCUCGCGCGUUGCCGUGAGAGAAUCAAAGGCUUCGAAGCGCAGCAGCAUCUCCCCAGAAACUCGCCUUGACGAUCAGCGCAGUCCCAUCUCCUCUCCAAGCAGCCCUGCGGCAUCGGUCGAGAAUCCCCUCUUUUCGCCUGUACCCAGUCAUCGAGGCAGCAAACAAAUCUAA